AUGACGGAACCAUCGGACGCGACGCAGAGUUUCCGAGACGUGCAAAUGGGGACGAGAGGCCAUCCCGGGCAGCCGAUCACAGCUGGCGCGCAGCUUGGCGCGGGGCCGGCAGUGUUUGACGCGCUCAAGCUCAACGACGUGGGGGCGGCCUGUGCCGCUGAGCAGAUGGCCAGCGCUGCGCCCUGGCUGGAAGCGGCCCUCGGCUACAAGACACCGGACGGCGUGCAGCAGCUUACGAUACAGGGCGUGUCAUACCAGAAGUUCCAAGCCGGAGGACUUCACAGUGCGGCUGUCGGAACUUCCCCGUAG